GUUAGCAAAUUGAAACGUCUUAACUAAAUUGUUAACAAGUUAACAAUGAAAGGUACAUUGUCGAUAUAAGUUAUUGUAAGAAAGCUUUCCUGGUGAAUUCUUAUAGAGCUAGUGCUGGUUCUUUAACAACGAGAAAUAUGACAACUUCUGAAUCUGACAUAUACCUUACUCUUUCAACGGUCAGAGAUACGAAUGCUGCAGAGGAAACUGCGAGGUAUUCAACUAUAAAAAAGAUGCCGUGUUGCAGUGGGUGUUGCGGAGGGAACGGAUAUACACGAAAUUGCACGGUCUAUGUUAUCGUUAUAGUUGCGGCUAUUCUAACUGUAGGAAGUGGCAUAUCUAUGUUUCUGGUUGGAAGUAGAACGGCCAAAAUUGAAUGUAAUCUGGUCUUACCAAAUGAUUACGCUAUCAACGGAAGACAUGGAUAUGAACAGGAAAACAAAUUGGAUUCUAAAAUUCCUACAAAACCUUCAACCCCAUCGCAGACGACAAAAUCUGCAGGAACAGUGAAAACAACACGAACAUUAUCAUCAACUUUGGAAACAACAACAAAACGAACUCCUGAAACAGCAGCGAAACAAAAUGAUACGCUUAAAGCCGUUCCAGCAAUCACAACUGUUUUCACCCGAUGGGGAAGAUCUGUAUGCACAAGUGAUUCCAACAUGUUAUACUCCGGUUACACAGCUGGUAUUCACACGACAUCGCUUAGCGGAACAUCAAGUAUCCUAUGUCUACCAAGGAACCCGGAGUAUGCAAAAGCCCAUUCUCUGAGCUAUAUAAACAGUGAAAUGUAUAGUGUUGAAUUUGCGGCUUUUACAGAAGACUUGCUGGCAAUAUUUGGUAACUCAAGCAUAAAAGAACAUGUCCUCCCGUGUGCGGUAUGCGAGGUCGUUGGGCGUGGAACAAGUACAAUGUUUCCUGCACUAACAAAAUGUUUUCAAGGAUGGACAUUUGAGUAUUCUGGAUAUCUCAUGUCAGCUCCAAUUAACCGAAAAAUAAACAUUGAUACAAAAUGCAUUGACAGUGACCCAGAAGCUCUAGAUAUAGAAGUUUCAAGGUAUCUGCACUAUGAAGCUGAAUUUGCUUUUAUAUCAAGUAAAGGAAAGCUGCCGGCACCACCAUAUGUUGUAAAAAGAGCACUUACUUGUGUUGUCUGCACCAAAUAAUUUUUUUCAGAAGUAAGCCAAUUUAUUCGGAUACUGUUGUUACCAAGUGAUUAACAUUAACUUCUUAUGCUUUGUUCCCGGUCAAUCCAGUGGUUUGACUGUUCUCAGUCAUUCUUGUGUCAUGAUUAUGAGGCUAAAGUUUUUCAUCAGAAAUUGAAGAGACCAGAGAUCGAACGAAAAACUCAAAUACUUAUGUUGCAUGACAAAAAAUAAAAACUUCUUUCUUUUUUCUUUUUUUAUAAUCACAACAGCGGACAUUCAGUGUCUUGAGUUGUGUUAGCUGAAAAAGAAUACCCCUAUCUAUGUCCUAGUAUUGUAAUAGAUUGACUGAUUCCUAGGAAUCAUUGAGUUCUGUAUACGCGGCUUGUGAUCCAUGGGUCGCCGACUGGUUCUACAUUUUGAUCCUGUAUUUGACUUUCCAAUCCUAAUGGAAAUCGAAGUUAUGUAUGAGAGUUUUGCUUCUCUUGUCCACCUUUAUCCUAUCAAUGUUGAAGGUUAUGCUUUGACUGGUUAUUGAAUUUCAUUUUUCAGAGUGUCUAAGCUCUUAUUUCGUCUUCUAUUCGUAAGGGUUAAGAUUUUGGCCGUACAUUUCUGAACCGUCCGCGAGAUUGUAGUGUUCCCGUUGGACCUAUUACUGAUACACAAUUAUUUUUGUUGAUAGACAUUCCUUUUAUCAGUAUUUUCUAUUAGGGGAUAUUAAAUAUCUGCCGAGGUCGGGCCGAUAUAAUUCCUAUUUGCAGCCGAAAUUGAAGCCGAUAUCGGGCCGUUAUAGACGACGACGUCAGUUUGAUAUCGGGCCGAUAUAGAAUGCUGGCUGGGUAUUCACCAAAGGGUAAGAACAUAAAUGACAUGUAACACAUAUUGUAACUCGACCAGCAAAUAACCUACAUACAUGUAGAGCAAAAUCUAUCUCGGGUUUUUCUGCAAUAACCCACGCGCGUGCAAUGACGUCAUCCUAUCCAGGUGCGUAGCACGGUCGUAAAAAGUAGUUACCAUUUUUGCUAACACUGUUGAUACUAUAGUAUGUCGUGUUAGAAUCGAAAUAACAAGUUCCCAAGUAUGAUUUAUCGUAGAAUAACCCGAGUUUUUCGUUCUUAUGCGGAACAAUAUAUCACUCAGGCCUACGGCCUUCGUAAUAUAUUCUUACGCAUAAGAACUUAAAACACGGGUUAUUCUACGAUAAACCACGUUUGGGAACUUAUUAUUUCUUAAGUAAAGCGGUAUAAGUUAUCGAUGAAUUUAAACGAAUGUAUGGCCCAAAGGAUAUUACGUUGGUUUAACAAACUUGCUUAACGAAGUUCGAGCCUUGGCAAGUUAACAUUGUUUAAAAAAAAAUAAUCGUUUGUUUCAAUUAACAUUGCACGAGAAAAUUGUGCUCUUCAUAUUAUGGAGGAAAUAAAAGUAUCUAUCUAUCUAUUGAAAAAUCAUCAAAAAUAUUCAUUCAUUUUGCGUCGAGAGAAGACAAAUAACUCGAAUUCCUAUACAUCAUCUGACUCUGAGACUGACACAGCUGAAGGGUCGGCAACAGACACAGCACGUGAAGUUGAAAUUAUGUGACAUGAAUUUAACUGAAAUAAAAGUAGCAAAAUAUAUCAUAAAUAUAGAAAUAAUGAAAAAUAUGUAAAACCUUAUUAUUAAAAUAUAUAAAAUGGCUUUCAAAAAGAGUCUUCAAAGAUUCUUGACUAAAAUAAAAUAAAAUGUAUACUAAUGAAAAAAAACAUGGUCUAUUUCUUGUCCGUUCCAUAACUCUUCCAUUCGAUGAAGAGAUUUUAAAAUUACUUGGCAUAAACGUUCCUUAUAUUGAGAUGACGUGUCAGACGCCAGACCAAGACCCCUAGCUUCAAGGUCAAGGUCACACUUAGAAGUCAAAGGUUAACAUUGUUUGUUUCUUGUACGGUCAAUAACUCUGCCAUUCAUCAAGGGAUGUUAAAAUUACUUGUCACAAUUGUUCCCUAUAAUGAGUUGGUGUGUCAUGCUUAAGACAAAGACCCCUUAGCUCCAAGUCAAGGUUACCUUUGGAGAACUUUUUUUAUCUGGUCACAAAAUAAUUCAUACCUAAACUAUUCUGGCAUAUUUUGCGCAGACAACUGUAGCAUUCUUGGGCACACUUUGGGUGCGUUUGGUGCUAAUAGUGACAGCUCUUGUUUGAGGUUCAAUUUGAAAUACUUAGUAUAUUUUGAGAUUUAUAUAGACUUGUACAUUUCCCUAUAAAAUGUCAAGGUCAGUAGUGGCUGUUUGUCAAGUUACCUUAAAGACACACCACAAAAUAACUGUAUUCUUCUGUAUUUCCAUGAUGGUAAUUAUACAUUUUUUUGCACAGAGACAAUAAGAAAUAGCAAGUAUUUAGUUACAAAUUGACAGUGACAUAUAUAGAUAGAUAGAUAUUUUAUUGAACAAAACGUCAUAGACUAAGGCUAAGACAAUGUGUUUAAUGUCUAAAUAUAUUAUUAAAUUAAUGUUGUAGUAAGCACAGUACUUUUUUAAGGUGAGUUUAGACCACACUUUGUUUCUACAGUGUAUGAUAGUUAUUAUUAUAUGUUUAUAAAACUAUACUGAGAAAAGAAUGGCUGAAUAAGUUUGAAGAUGAAGUUGUGAAAACAAGGCUUAAAUUGUCCACCUGUCAAUGUGCAGAAUACUAGUAGCUGUAUUAUACCAGUAUUACCAGAAUUAUUUGCACCAAGUUCGUGUGGGAGGAAAAAGUAGGUCACUAGGUCGAGGUGGGUCUUUAACACUUCAAGUAAUUUCUUGAAUACCGAUGGUUAAAAAUAAAUAUUAUUAACGGUUUAUGCGAAUGCGAUCAUGUUACACACUGAUAGCCACACGAGAAAUACAUGCUACGGUGUUCCGUUGGGGCCAUCGCAGUUUCGCGUUGUCGUCCUAAGGGCGAAAUCGCAAAAACACGAUAUUUUUACGCGAAAACGCGAUAUUUUGACGCGAAAACACGAAGCAAAAAAUAUCGCGUUUUCGCGCUGUUAAUAUCGUGUUUUCGCAUUUUCGCCCUCGAUCUACCAUCGUCUUUUCGUAUUUUCGCCUUCGUGACAAGUAGGGCGAAAACGCGAAAACACGAUAUUGAUAGCGCGAAAACGCGAUAUUUUUUGUUUUCGCGUUUUCGCCCUCUCAACUGCAAAGGCGAAAGCGCGAAAACACGAUGUUUUAAUAUCGUAAUUUCGCCUUUCGGUUGGACUUGUGCAAACGCUUGCAAGACAUUUCGAGAGACCGUAAAUUCGACCCCGAUACAUUUCAACCCCAACUCCUUGGACAUUUCAACCUUAAUCUAAUCCUUUUUUCGACACCUAUUCUGUGAUAUGCAUGGAGGUUAAAAUAUGUAGCAGUGUAGUUAUUAAUCCAUUUUAGAGUUAAUUGAUAAAGAUAAUAUGUAUAACAUGUAAUAGAAUGGUGAAAUCGG